GGGCCAGUUUUUACUUCAGCUGCAACGGGUGUCUCUGGGCUGUCAUCAUUAACGAUCUGGAGUGCGAUCGACGUCGUCGCAACAACUACUACAGCCGAACCCCAUCAGGCCCGGCAUUUGCAUUAUCGCGGCGCCAAUCUUCGCAAGCUCGACGACUUGAUAUAAUCCUCCUUUUCUGGGGUCUCGAUGGCCAGCGGCGCCUCUUCGUGAUUCCCCUUGAUCCAGAUCCAUCUGCCCAUGUCACCCACGCAAAGCUGAGUUCUAAGACAACCUCGACGACCCAUGGCGCGCCCCAUGGGGCCAGUUCGUCUGCGGAGGACGAACUAUGUGACUCUGUCCAUCGGUGCCGCCCUCUGCAUCUUCAUCAUAUACUUCCUCACCUCACCCGGCGGCCAUUCGCGAUCAACCACGAAACACAGCUCCCCUAUACCGAAACCGAGCCACAAGGUCCGCCGAGAUGUGCAGCGCUUCGAUCUCAACAAGGUCACCAUCACCAAUGAUCCGGUCGGCAACAAGGAGAAAAUCUUGAUUUUGACGCCGAUGGCCCGCUUCUACCAGGAGUACUGGGACAACCUGGUGAAGCUUAACUAUCCCCACGAACUCAUCACGCUCGGCUUCAUUCUCCCCAAAAGCAAAGAAGGCAAUGCCGCCACAACAGCACUACAAGCACAGAUAACAAAAACACAAAAGGGGGCGCGUCCCUUCCGAAAGGUCAUCAUCGAGCGCCAGGACUUCGAGCCCCCUCUGGCAUCCCAGGACGAGUCGGAACGACACAAGCUGGCAAACCAGAAGGACAGACGCGCUGCCAUGUCGAAAGCACGGAACUCGUUGUUAUUCACUACCCUCGGACCCGACACCUCCUGGGUCCUGUGGCUUGAUGCCGACAUUGUCGAGACGCCUCCCACCCUGAUACAAGAUCUCGCAUCCCACAAUAAGGACCUGAUAGUGCCUAAUUGCUUUCAGAGAUAUACCGACGACAGCGGCAAGCUUGCUGAGAGGGCCUAUGACUUCAACAGUUGGCAGGACAGCAAUACUGCGCAGGAGCUCGCAGCCACGAUGGGUCCCGAGGACCUACUCCUUGAGGGCUACGAAGAGCUGCCUACAUAUCGAACGCUGAUGGCAUAUAUGGAGUUAGAAGAUAUGAACGAUGUUCGAGCAGAAGUUCCUCUGGAUGGCGUGGGAGGCACGGCAUUAUUGGUCAAGGCAGAUGUCCACCGAGACGGCGCCAUGUUCCCACCAUUCCCUUUCUACCAUCUGAUUGAGACUGAGGGCUUCGCGAAGAUGGCCCGGAGGCUGGGUUGGCAUGCAACAGGUUUGCCAAAUUACAAGGUCUAUCACUACAACGAGUAGAAGAAUCGUCGUGUCAGGAUACACCUGGUCCGGUAGUUAUGCAUUUUUUUUGCCAGCUACCCUUACGAAUAUUAAUUUGUAACGAGGUCGUAAUUUCACAUUUGGAGAUGAGGAGUUGUGUCAUCAUUAAUUUGGACUUUGUUGGUCGUUUCCCGAGAAACAGAAUACGGGUGAGCGUUGAAACUGUCGGUUUCAGGGUGAGGGAGAUUUGUGUUCCCCCAAUGCAAAUUGCCACAACAGCAUUUACAGGACAGGUUUUCCAGGCAAAAACUUUGGUGGGAGUUACCCUAUUGAGCAUGAGGUGAGACCUGGGAUGUACUCCGGCGUUGUACUAUACAUCACAUUAAGGUAUACACGGCUGGGUUUUCUCCCUGGUGGUCUGGACUGCAUAGACGGACGUUCUGGAAAGGUCGCAGGGGUAUUGCGGCCGUUGUUAUCAUCGAAUAAAAAAGCAUUCAAAGACUCGGC